AUGAUAAAUAUAAUACUGUUUCCUUGAAUUCUCAUAAAAUCCCCAACUUGUUUUAUUUUUCCACUUAAACCCUAACACCUGACACUUAAAACGGUGAGGGAGAGGGGGAUCCAAAUUCUUCCCUGCAAUUCGUGUUUCCUUUUGCCCUAACGUCCAUACAGCUAUUUGAUUUGAGUUUUCACAAGUGCUAGAAUGGAUAAUACUUCUCAAUCCUCUGGAACUCAGUUUCGACCUGCACAGCAGGGACAGCCAUUCAUGCCUCAACAGUUUCUGCCUGUUGUACAAGGAAUGCCUUCUAAUGUCGGCAUGCCAAUGCCAGCUGGUCAAACUCAGACAUUACAGUUUUCUCAACCAAUGCAGCCACCACCAUGGCCAAAUCACCCUGCCCAUGUUGCACCUUCAUCACAACCUGUACCUUUGCCGCCGUAUGUUCAUCAAAAUCGGCCGCCGCUUACAUCUGGCCCGCCACAGCUGCAGCAGACCGCCUCCCUUUUCGCACCAUCUUCAUACGGCCAGCUACAAAAUAAUGCCAUCUCAUCGUCCCAGUUCCAGCCAAUGCCUCAAAUGCAUACACCUGUUGUGCCUGCAGGGGGACAACAUUGGUUGCCUUCUGGAAGCAAUGGUGUAGCAGUUGCUACCCCAGUACAGCCAACUGGACAACAGCCUUCUGUAUCUUCUUCCUCAGAUUCAGCAGUAAAUGUUCCUAACCAACAGUCUUUAUCUGACUGGCAAGAGCAUACAGCUUCUGAUGGGAGGAGAUAUUAUUAUAACAAGAGAACGAAACAGUCAAGUUGGGAGAAGCCUCUUGAAUUGAUGACGCCACUUGAGAGGGCUGAUGCGUCAACUGUCUGGAAGGAGUUCACAACUCCAGAGGGAAAAAAGUAUUACUAUAACAAGAUUACAAAGCAAUCUAAGUGGUCAAUGCCUGAUGAAUUGAAGUUAGCUCGGGAACAGGCUCAACAGACAGCUACCCAAGGAACCAAAUCAGAAGCUGAUGCAGCUUCUCAUGCCUCAGUUACUGUUAAUGCUUCCUCGGGUGAAAUGUCUACAACAGUUAUUCCAGUUGGCUCCGGCUUUUCUUCAACAUCUGGUGUCGCUUCUAGCCCUGUUCCAGUUACACCUGUUGUUGCUGUUUCUAAUCCUGUAGCGGCAGUUUCCAGUUCAUCAGCGUUGCCUGUUGCACAAUCUAUUAUAGCAAAUGCUGCUGGUGUCCAACCUCCUGCAGUAACUAUGACUGUUUUGCCUGCUGCAGCGUCUACUAAUGUUACUGCUGCUUUAGUUAAUUCUAAGACAACAUCACCGGGUGGAUUUGAUAAUGUUGCAUCUAAAGGGGCUGCACCUUCCGUAGAUGGAGCAUCUAUUCAGAAUAGUGAGGAAGUGAAAAAAGGAUCAGGGGUCUCUAUAAAAAGUGAUGCAAAUUUAACAGAGGAGAAAAACUUGGAUGAUGAGCCUUUGACAUUCGCCAGUAAACAGGAGGCAAAAAAUGCAUUCAAAGCUCUCCUGGAGUCGGCUAAUGUUCAGUCUGAUUGGACUUGGGAGCAGACAAUGAGAGAGAUUAUUAAUGAUAAGAGAUAUGGUGCUCUUAAAACACUUGGUGAACGGAAGCAAGCAUUUAAUGAGUACUUGGGUCAAAGGAAAAAAAUAGAGGCUGAAGAGAGGCGCAUGAGGCAAAAACGAGCUCGGGAGGAAUUCACAAAAAUGCUGGAAGAGUCCAAGGAACUGACAUCAUCCAUGAAAUGGAGCAAAGCGGUAAGUUUGUUUGAAAAUGAUGAACGGUUCAAGGCUGUUGAAAAAGCCAGAGAUCGGGAGGACCUUUUCGACAACUACAUUGUCGAACUCGAGAGGAAGGAAAGGGAAAAGGCUGCAGAAGAUCACAGGCGAAAUGUUACAGAAUUUAAAAAAUUCUUGGAAUCCUGUGAUUUCAUCAAGGUGAAUAGCCAGUGGCGGAAAGUUCAAGAUCGCUUGGAGGAUGAUGAAAGGUGUUUGCGGCUUGAAAAGCUUGAUCGCUUACUCGUUUUCCAGGACUACAUACGGGACCUGGAGAAGGAAGAAGAGGAACAAAAGAAGAUACAGAAGGAACAAUUGAGACGGGCUGAGCGCAAAAACCGUGAUGGGUUCCGUAAGUUGCUGGAAGAACAUGUUGCUGAUGGCUCUCUUACGGCAAAAGCUCACUGGCUUGACUAUUGUUUGAAGGUUAAGGAUCUGCCCCAAUAUCAUGCUGUUGCAACAAACACCUCUGGUUCAACACCCAAAGAUUUGUUUGAGGAUGUUGCUGAAGAAUUAGAGAAACAGUACCGUGAUGACAAAGCUCGAGUGAAGGAUGCUAUAAAGUCAGGGAAGAUUAUCAUGACAUCAACAUGGAUAUUUGAGGACUUCAAGGCUGCUAUUUUGGAUGAUGUUAGCUCCCCACCAGUAUCAGAUAUCAACUUACAGCUUAUAUAUGAUGAAUUACUUGAGAGAGCGAAGGAGAAGGAGGAGAAAGAAGCUAAAAAGCGUCAACGUCUUGCUGAUGACCUCACUAAACUAUUACAUACAUAUAAGGAAAUAAUGGCAUCCUCUAGUUGGGAGGACUGCAGACCGCUUUUUGAAGAAAGCCAAGAGUAUAGGGCAAUUGGUGAAGAGAGUGUAAUCAAAGAGAUUUUUGAGGAAUAUAUUGCACACUUGCAGGAAAAGGCUAAAGAGAAGGAACGCAAGCGUGAGGAGGAAAAGGUCAAAAAGGAGAAAGAGAGGGAAGAGAAAGAGAAGCGGAAAGAGAGAGAGAGAAAAGAAAAGGAGAAGGAACGUGAGAGGGAAAAAGCCAAGGAGCGAAUAAAAAAGGAUGAAACAGAUAGUGAAAAUGUUGAUACAACUGACAGUUAUGGGCAUAAAGAGGACAAGAAAAGAGAAAAAGACAAGGAUCGGAAACAUAGGAAACGACAUCAUAGUGGCACUGAUGAAGUAAGUUCAGACAAGGAUGAGAAGGAAGAAUCUAGAAAGUCCCGCAAACAUAGCAGUGACCGUAAAAAAUCAAGAAAGCACUCAUACACACCUGAAUCUGAUAGUGAGAACCGGCACAAAAAGCACAAGAGAGACCAGCGAGAGAGCUCCCGUAAAAAUGGCGAUUAUGAUGACCUGGAAGAUGGGGAGCUCGGCGAGGAUGGGGAAAUUCAGUAGCUUCCUAUUGCCUCAGAUUGCUGAUCUAUGUCAGAUUUUCAUACUGUGUUCAACUUAUUGCAUAAGAUUGUAUUGGAGAUGCUGUUGGUUAGAUUUUGGAAGUUGGCUGUCACCAUGAGAACUGCUACUCAUAGAAUGUAUAAAGUAUUAAUUAGCAUUAUUUUAUCAUUUGGAAAAUGCCUAGUAAGUCGGAGCAUAAUUGUCCAGUGAGAGUGAUCCCUCGGUUGAUUUGUUGGAAAGCUGAAUUAGCAGAAAUUGAAUCUGACGGUAACAAGAGUUUAUUUGUUUGAUUGUUUUAAGCAAUGAUAAUUGAAUUCUCAGAA